GACUAGUGUUAUGCAAACGGGUUGUCAAAAUUUUGACAAUGCUUUUUUAAUCCAAAAAAAACGAAAAUUGUUAGUUUUGGGAGAUUUUAAUUGAAAAUUAAUAAAUUAAAAAACAUGUCAUUAUUAAAUGCAUUCUCAAGAUUAACAUUACAAACAACAGCAGUGCUGAGACAACCCAAUGCCUGGCUGCACUCCACACCGGUCUUGUGUGCUGAACCAUUGAAGAAAAAGAAGAAAUUGGAUCCACAAAUUAUUAAACAACGUGAAGACAGACGUAAGAAGAAAUUGGAAAAACAAAUUAGACGUUUGGAAAAGAAUGCCAGGCAAUUGAAGCCGGUGGAAGAACUUGAGGUUCCCUUAGAUUUGAUUGAUGAACAAAAACAACGUGCCCGCAAAUUAGCUCCUCUAACAGAAACCGAACUAGAGCACAGAGCCCAUUUGAAUAAACAAUGGGCCCGUUACAAGCAUGAGCAGAAAAUACAAGAUUUUCAAAUUAUUGAUCGUUUAAUGCAAUCACAACGUAAAGCUUUGCAGGAAUUACGUUUGGAAUCAGAAGAAUUAUAUCAAGAGGCCAUACAACCAGAUAUGUCUCUAUUACCCAUUACAGUCAAGGGUCCCGUUGCUACACCACCUAUUAAGGAUUAUGUUUCACCUGAUGGUGAAUACAUUUUGGAAACUAAACAGUGGGAUUAAUGUAAUUUUCCGUUUUUCCUGUUAUAAUGAAAUCCUAAGGUACUAAAAUGUUUAUAUUAUAAUGUUGGUUUUUUUCGUUAGAAAUAUUCCAAUAAAAUAGAAAAAUUUUCAAAGAGUA